GUUUUCUACAUAUUCAUUUGCAUACUUAGUAUAAAUAUAUACAAUCUGUGUUAUGUGGUUAAGAAGAUUACUGUUACUGUUAGGCCACGUUAAGAUGCAUUCCUUUGCCGAGAAACACAUGUUAAGAAUUAAACUUGCUGGCAGAAAAGAUGCAGUGAUAUUUUAUAAUAUUAAGAAUAGCUAUAUUACUAAAUAUUGUAUAAAAUGUACGCAUUUUGUAUAUUACUCAUAUACGCGUUUUAGAAUUUUUCCAUAACUCACACUAUCAUUAUUGGUAUUGAUAAUAAAUAAAGCUUGCAGUUCACGACCUUUGGCUAUAUCGAGUAUAUACAUAUCCUUAAUACUUAUCGAAUGUGAUAUAAUGAAUAAGAAUAGCGCACUCUAGAUUACUAUGACUCAUGACAGUACGACUCAUUUUUUGUUAAUUUUAAUUAACAUGUUAUAAGCAACGAACUAUAACAAUAAGUAACUUAUUAUAGCAAUGACUAUAAUCGAAAACAUCCGCCACUAUGCAUUAAUUAAAAUUCUUUUGCAAUUAUUUUAUGAACAUACAUCUGCAUUGAAUCAUUAGACUAAUCAUUUGUAGGACAACUGGUGACGUUACCAAUGAGCUUUUUAAUAUUAUAAAGUUGCAGGCUCAGUCAUCUUUAAGAUUUUUAAAUUAUAGGAGUCGCAAUGACAUAGGUUUAAAAAUAUCUUUCAAAAAGAAACCCAAAUCUCAUCAUUAAUUUUAGGGGAAUUUUUACUAAUUGGACCACAGUUGCGGUUAUUAUAUUUCAACUAAUUGCAUCGAUUGAUCUCAGCCGGUAACACGUAAGCCAGUGGACAUUAUUGACUAAAAUUUAAUAACCGUAACCGUGGUUCAAUUACGGGAUAUAUCCUAAAGUUAUGCGUAGAUCAUUAUAAUGACGUCCAAAACUUUAUCCUCCAUGAGAUCAUCCGCUUGCUGGCGAAUAUUCGACUGGUUCUUCAUGGAUAAUAGAGGUUUAUUUCCUGAUGAUCUUGUUUGAUGACGAUCUCAUUCGGUGACGCCUAUGUUGGGACAUAUUGAUUGUUACUGAAGUGGGAUGUAUUGGAGUUUUUGAUUAUACCAGACAAUUUCACCGGGUCCGGAAACAGAAAAAGGUAUUAAAAAUUAUUAAAGAAUACUCGUCUCGGUACCGUUAUGAACACCUGCAUAAAUUGUGGUGCAGAAGUUAAGGAAUUGUACAGGCGAUACAGUCCCAGUGUCCUCAAAGUUUUGAAAUGUGACAAGUGUGGAAGUAUAGCAGACAAGUACAUCGAAUAUGAUCCAGUCAUAGUACUAGUUGAUCUUGUACUAUUGGAGAAGCCAGCAUAUCGCCAUCUUUUGUACAACAGCAAUUUCAAGUCCUAUUGGAAAUUAAUGGUCGUCUUACUUUUAAGUGAAUCCUUUAAAGUUUGGACGACGCUUAUCUCAAACUUAGCUGUAUCGAAUGUCCCAGAAGUGAACAGUGACAGUAGUGACGUUUUUGAGGGCGAGAGAAAUUUUUAUGUUUUACUCGCUCUAACAACAAUCUCUAUAGCAGCCUUUGUCGGUACUGUAAUAGCUAUAACAGAAAUUAGAUGGCUCAUUUUUGGUAACAGACCUGCUAGAUAUAAAGCAUGUGAUCUUAGUCGUGCUUUAACGGUUGGCGGGUGCGCUAAGCUUUUAGGAUUAUUAGGCAUAAUCUGGAGACACGUGGAACCAGACCCUCAUUACGCACUUAUUCACGGAUAUACAGUACUCUGUCUUCUAACGGCAUAUUCAGAAACUUCUCCUCGUAACAUAUAUAUUCAUUGAAUAUUCAAUACACAGUUUUGUUUUAUAUCCAUCUUAUAAUGCGUUUAUGAAUAUGCACAUACAUCGACAAUUCGUGAGACACUUGAGGUAUAUCCUAUCAAUCUUACCAUUUUCAUUGAUUCUGAAUUCCUCGCUAAUUGUUGCUAGAUAUUCUUUGAAAAUAGAACCAUUCACUUGAACUAUAUAUUUCCAGUUGUCUGUGAGAGUGGAAGAGGCGGAUCGUUGCUAGGAUUGGCUGGUGGACUCUUGGCUCAUAAUUAUAUCUCUAAUAACAUCAUGCAGUUUCCGCCAACGAUUUCCAAUGUCACGUUUAUGCAAGCGCAAAGUGCAUAACUGCACAGGAUUCAAUUUACUAGGCAUCCUUAACCGGAAGGAUACUCCAACCCAAUACGAGUCUAUCAAAUCCGCAAGAAAAUAGAUUGCAAACUCCACCAUCUUCUGCCCAGGCUACCGAGCAUACCAUUCUACGAUGUCCCUGCAAUACGUUCCCUCUUAUGAUGUAACUAGUUUUAUGAAGUUUAAUUAUAAUAAAGAUUACGAAUAACAGUUA